AUCAUAGGUGCGCGUGGAUCCCAAGACUUACGGUCUCCGUCCACGAUUAUGGCUCCUGUAGUCAAACAAUGUAAUGCACAGUAAUUAGUGUUCGGUGUCAAAAAAGUGUAAUAUAAUAAACGUACAUAGUGACUUUAUCACUUAGAUGUUGUCUGUAUCUUUUAUUAUCUCACAACUAAUAAAUACAUACUUCUUACUGACUGAGUUAAAGGUCCAUACUGUAAGUUACAUGCCGAGUUUUUCCAUCGAUUUAUUGUCCAGGUGCGAAGGGCGUGGCCUCAGUCGAGCCUCAGUGAUUUUCUCAACAACUCGUGAGAAAUGAGUGAACAGUGUCCUUGCACUUUACAGCUUAGCAUGGUUGUCGAGAAAGACCUGGAUCAUCAUACAGACUCUCGAAACAAAAUUAAACAAACAGCUUAUACGAAUGUGUUUGAGGUUCUUGCCGAAGUUGAUGAUCUUCAAGUGACAAGCAAUGUUAACCUAUGCUGUGAUUUCACGCUGAUCGAUGCAGUUUGUACAGCUUCGGUUCCGUGACCCUUCUUGCGUGAUGUUUAGGUGGAGACGCGAAGAUCACACAAAAAUCUGUACGAUUUGCAUUCCUUGAUCUGCAAGAUUUGCAUUUUUGAAACUGCAAAUCACUGUUGCAUAAGAAUGCUCUCUCUUUCACUAUCGGAGUUCGUCAACAAGUAAGAUGGUCGCCCAUUCUGAGAUUCUUUUAUCCAAGUGUGCUCAGUUUCGAGACGAAAGUCAAUUCAUCGACAUUCGUUUAAAAGUGCGUGAAGACAUCUUUCCUGCUCAUCGCAUUGUACUCGCUGCGAAUAGUGAUUAUUUCCACGCCAUGUUUACUACUGGAAUGAAGGAGUCGAAUCAGGAAGUGAUUGAACUGAAAGAUGAAAGCAUUUCACCUGAUGCUUUAAAGAUUGUAAUGGACUCCAUCUACACUGGAGAUCUUCAUGUCAACAAGGAAAACGUGCUUGAAGUUCUUGCCGCAGCUGAUCAUCUUCAAGUUACAAGCGUUGUUCAACAAUGUUGUGAUUUCUUGAAAAGAGAAUUUAUUCANUUAUUUGUAUUAUUGAAAUUUCUGUUUCCUUUUCUGUCAUUUCAGGUUCUUCUAGCAGUUCUACCCCAGGCUCAAAUGCAGUAUUUUGAUGUUGAGGUAAAAACUUGGAAACCUUUGGCAUCCACAACACCAACAAUUGAGGCAGCUCAAUGUCAUUGUGCAGCGUCUGCUGGCGAUAACUUGUAUGUUGCCGGAUUUGAAGCUCGUGUUGGUUGUCGUAUUUAUCGUUAUGAUACAGAAGGUAAUGUGUGGGAGAAGCAGCCACACUCAUGCGGUUUAAUCGACAUUUUGUGGAUUGUAGACGAUUUCAUGUAUGCAGUUAGUUCUGACCGCAAUCAGGUUCCUCAAAGGUAUAGCUUUUCUAAAUGUCAGUGGCAAAAUUUUGCUAAAUUAAGUAUUACGAGUGCUUAUUCUUCCUGGUUUUACAGUAGUGGAGCAACAGUGCUUCACUCGAAGCUUUUUGUCCUUUAUGGGGUUAAAUGCGCUUCAGGUGGCAAAUGGCUCAUGCAGAAUGCAGAGUUACACUGCUUUGAUCCAGUAAAGAACGAAUGGAAAGUAAAAGCAACAACCUGCACACCUCACUUUAGAUCCAGUCUUUUUGUAGUAAAUACUAGACUCUGUGUUGCGGGGGGGUAUGACUGUAUUGCACCUGAUGGUACCCUACAGGGUAACCCCGCACUUGUAGAAGUUUAUGAUGAGGAAAACAACACUUGGUCUGUUGUGGAACAAAAACACAUUCCUCCAAACAAGCUUAGUGCAGUGGAAAUAGAAGGGAAGGUUUAUUUUAUAAUAAACAUAUUUCCAGUUGACAGUGGCAUAAGAAUUCCACCAGGAGAGCUGUAUCCUGUUCAUUUGGGUGAGUGGGAAAAAUUAGGAGAAGUUUCCAAUACUGCUGUUCUGUGUUAUAUGCCAGUAAAAAGGAAGGGUUUGAAAGCAGAGUGAGAAUAAUUUUUUUUUUCUCACUUAAAAUAUCACCUUUACACAUCAAAAUAUGCUAGAAUUUUCUUGUAAUUAAGUUGCACAUGGUUCAAUACGUGAAAUACUACAUGAAGGAAAACGAUUGCGAGAAGAGCAGGAGGGGCUGAGGCGAGCAAAAACAUGAAGGUCAGGUAGGAGAUGAUAGGAAAGGAAGACUAGUUCCAUCCCUUGUCUCGAGCUUCAAUCCAAGCUUAUGAAUCUCGUUUCUUGCUUAGCACUCGUUUUCUUGAUUUAAACCUUUAGUAGUCCUGGAUUAAAUUUGUACAAAUUUUAUUUUACUGUGUGUCGUAGAACCAAAACCAAAGUUAUUACUCCGUUUAGUCACAAAAGGUACAGAGAAUAGAAUCAACCAAUCAAAACUCAAAGUAAAAACAUGUAGCUGACGCGAAGCGCGGGAAAACGCGUGCGAGCCAGUCACAAUUGGUUUUGGUUUUACUUCUGAUUGGAUAAGAAAGUGGCGCGAGUUUUUUAUUAAGCCAAUAGUGCAUUAAACGUAAUAAACCAAUUACUUUUGGACACUCAAGUGAAAAUCACUUUUGCAUUAAACUCGCAACUGGGCAGACUUUCAAAUGUUCCGCUAGUCUGCUUAAAUUAGUUUUAAAAGUAACUUUAGAACUGUGUAAUGAGGCCUGUGAGAAAUACAGAAAAUAAGAUAAAUUCGUUACUUUUUAUCAAGAUUGAAAAGCUUUCUUCUAGAGACAUUGCAGGCUGUUAUCAGUAAUAAGCUCUGUAGCUUUAGCACUAUACAUGUGUAUGUAAGAUCUUUUUCCAGUAUUGAAUAACAGAACUUUACUCAAAUUCUUGUUUUAAGUUUUUAUCACGUUAACAGUUUAUACUAGUAACCCUAGAAAUAAUUUGUAGUUAUUAUAAUCUAAAGGACAUAGUCUGUUUUAAACUCCUUGUGAAAACUAUAGAUUAAAUUUAGUUUAAUAAAUUUCCUUUCGAACCUUUGACAAAGUGUUGCGUGUAUCAUUUAAUUUUGCCUCCCCUACACUUCGAUGAAAUCUUCUGACUUGCUUGUUUUC